AUGAAGGCGCAACAUGUAUUCAGCCAUUUGAGGGACUCGCCAGUAUGUAUUCUGAAUAGCCAGCCAGCAGAUCUGUCAUCAGGUGCUGGGUCCAGUGAGGCAGGAGUAGUUGAGACGGAGGCAGGGCAAGUCCAAGUCAGCAUGGAGGUAGGGAGAGGAGGCAUGGAGACAUGUAGAGGAGACACAGAGGCAGGGAGAGUUCAAGACAACACAGAGGCAGCAAGAGGAGACACAGAGGCAGGAGGAGUCGGAGACCACACAGAGGCAGGGAGAGGAGACACAGAGGCAGGGGCAUCAGUGGCAGGACAGAAAGUGCAGUGCUACAAGUGCAACCAGCUUGUGGAGGGAGACAAAUUUUCAGAGCACCUGUCUGACCACCAUGUGGAGGAGAUGUGUGACACCUGUGGGGCCAAGGUGCAGGGUACUCUUGGUCUUUUGAAUCACAUCCAAACGGCUCACUAUAAAGCAUUUAUUGUGCCAUCACCGCAAAAGCCACCCCCGAAAAACUACAAAAGCACUACCACCACAAAAGUUCUACCAUCAAAGACAACACCAUCUCUGCUUCCUCCUUCAAGUAGCUCUGCCACACCACACCACACUGCAACUCCACCAACUUCAAAACCAACUUCAAUCAAUUGGAAAGGUUUUCUUCCUGAGCAGUUUCGGAGAGUAGUCCAGGAAGCAGAUCAGGUGUGGAUUUCCAAAUGCCUAUAUGAGCCUACAGGCCGGCUGAAACAAAAAAUCCAAGCCUGCUGGUUUCACCCCCCACUGAAGCCCAAACCAUCUCCUCCUGAGCCUGGGUGGUACUACCGGCAGAGGAUGUUCAUCUGGGCACCAAUGAGGAUGUGGGGAAUUCUUUUAAAAUGCCCAAAAUGUUCCCGGAAAAUGAACAGCUCCGGGAUCUACAGAAAGAUAAGGGAGGUAAUUGAUGUGGAUAGCCGCUACUACCUAGUGGGAGGGGACUAUCCACGUUGCAGCAAGUGCUCUCAGCCGGUCUGCCCAUGGAGCCAGGAUAUAAUCUCCCAGGUGGAUGUGGCACACAGGAGCAUGUUCCCCGCUGUCCUCACAACACAGCUGGCUCUGGACAGGAAAUGCAUGACUUUCCUGAAGCCCAGGACCAUUGGUAACAGUUCCUCCUACUUCCAGUCUGCAAUAGAGGAAGCGCACAGCGAGGAGUGGGCUCGGCAGACCAUCCGCUACCUCUCAGACUGUGAGCGUCAUAGUAAGAUGGCUACCUUCGUCCCCUCUGCAGCUGUAUAUCUUCCUCCACCACCCUUCAGGCCCCUUCCACUUGCUCAAUGGUUUGAGACGGUCCAUUCCAAUGAAAUCCUCAGCCAUGUGGAUGAAAUGAAGGGAGUGAUCACUUCUACCUAUGGUAGAAUUCUUAAAAUGGAUUCAACAAAGAAGAUCACCAAAAAGCUGGCUGGCGAGAUCGGGGACAGUGCUGCAUGGAUGACAAACAUCGGCAACGAGUUUGGCCAGGUGUUGAACUCUGUUCUGACGACGGGUGAAGGUGCAGGGUUGGAAGAGUUGUGCCAAGGCAUCGUCACUCGGUACAAGAAUGCGGGCCAAGCUGAACCUGAGGUCAUCUAUGUCGACCGGGAUUGCUGCAGCCAGUCAGGUGUGUCUUCAGUGGCUAAGCUCUUUCACCCAUGGAGGUCUGCAGUGCGCUUAGACAGCUUCCAUUUCAUGAGACGCUUUAACUGCGGCCUCACUACAGAACACCACCCUCUCUAUGGCACCUUUUGUGCCAAGCUUUCCUCCUGCGUUUUUGAAUGGGACCAGGAGGAUGUGCAACGCCUGAAGGAGGCCAAGAGAGCAGAGUGGAAGAGCAGCCACAGCGGACAUACUCCCACUGAAGAACAGCUCAUGGCCACUAUCAGCCCAGGGGAAUUAAAGAGACACUGCAGGAGGAGAACGCGUGGAGUGGAGGAGAUGCGGAGCAUGAUUUCAGGGCUGCUGGAAUCAGUAUGGGAGCUGACAGACACCACAGGGCUGCGUCUGGUGAGCCAUGACAGCAUGCGCCACGUGUGGAAAGUGCAGCAGAAGCACCUGGAGUGCCUCCAAGACCCUGCAGGUGUUGCACUGUACACAAAGGUGGGGACACUCCAAAAGGGCGGCAAAGAGCUGGACAUCCUUAGGUGUGGUAGGGGGUCCUCCUCCCUGGAGAGUUUUCACCGACAUCAGUGUGCUUUUAUUCCAGGCUGGAGGUGCAAUGCUGUACAUAUGCAAAUGUACAUGCUCGAGGGGGCAUCAAGAUGGAACAUGGGUCGGGCUAAGGAGGCAGUAGAUGUGGAGGGGGCCUCGUCCCUAAGAAGCUUUGAUGUUCGCUUGAUUUCCCACCUUAACAACUUAAGCCAGCGCGUCCAUGGUUGUGAUCUGGUGCCAGAGAUCACCCCACCCGGGAAACCUACUGGUGAGCGUAUAGCAGUGGAAUAUUUAUUGGCCCAGACCAACAGAGGUGACCUGCUGGCUCCAUCACAGGUCUCCGAAAUCCCCUCGCAGGUGCUUGAGGAGGAGGAUGAACCAGAUGACACCAUCAGCAUGCCUGAUAUUGUCUGCCAUUCAGCUGAGAUAGGGGCUGGUGAUCCUCCAAGUGCUGUGGAGGGUGACACUGAACCCGGACCCCUCAUCACAGAGUCAGCUGAGAUAGGGGCUGGUGAUCCUCCAAGUGCUGUGGAGGGUGACACUGAACCCGGACCCCUCAUCACAGAGACCAGCCAAUGUGACUCGAGGGGCGUUGUGGGAUGGGAGGCAGUUGAUGCCCUUGCAGCCUACCUAGUUGACUUGAAUCGCACCAUCACCGCCUUGUCAGCCAAGGAGGCGGCGUACAUAGUCAACCUGUACACAGCUCUCCAUGCCAUGGACAAAAAACCUUUAAGGUUCACCCAGAAGGCUAAGAAAAAAGCACAUGCAUCAGGAGGACCAUGGAGAGCACCCAGGAAGCCGAGUGGCUCUGCUCCUGGACAGCAGGCGGCAGAGAGACUAUACAUGAUUCACGGCCAAGCAGCCCAGGACCCCGGAAUACAUAGGGUCAGUGACUGUGUUUGCCUCAGACUUGCAAAAGAGUUUGAGCAGUCAUGCAACAGGCCAAAGGACGCAAAGGGGAAAACCAUGCCCAUCCCUCAGUCCAUUGUCAGCGUCUACAGCCACAUCAAACAGCUGCUGGAGGACAGCAUGGUUGUCCUGAACCAGACGAACCUGAGUCUGGUGCCGGUUAACAACACCACAGUAUCUUCAUGGCUGCUUAAGAGGGAUAAGAGGAAGGACAGGAACAUGCAGCUGCAAGGCACUGCACUUCCCAAACAGCUGUACCUGGCCAAGGAGCCUCUUCCUGCAGUGAACACACUUCCAGCUGCCCCUGUGCAACAUGCACAUGAACCUAUGACAUUUGAGGAGCCUGAAAACCAUGAGGGGGAAGCUUUCCCCCGCCAGCGCACACUAGCGGUAAGCAAGCCUGUGUUCUCUCCACCAUCUCCACCUCCCCAGUUCCCUCCACAAUUUGGGCCAGCGCCUCCAUUCCAGCAAACUCCUCAGUUGCAGCAUGCGCCUCCAUUUCCACAUGCUUCUCCAUUUCUGCAUGCUCCUCCAUAUCCCCAUGCACCUCCCUAUACACAUGCACCUCCAUAUCCCCAUGCACCUCCAUAUCCCCAUUCACCUCCAUAUCCGCAUGCUCCUCCAUAUCCGCAUGCUCCUCCAUAUCCGCAUGCUCCUCCAUUUCCGCAUGCUCCUCCAUAUCCACAUGCUCCUCCAUAUCCACAAGCUUCUCCAUUGCAGCAAGCUCCUACAGAGUGCCUUCCAUCCCAGCCAAGGCAACGUGCCUGGAGGCUGAAGAAAGCUGCCCAGGAGGAUGAGGAGCUAGUGUCAAGGGGGGAACCGCCACGGAAGAGGCUAACAAAAGAAAAGUAUCACUACACCUGCAAGUUGUGUGGCCAGGAAAAAAAUAAAACAACUGGACACACCCAGCUGAAGGGGCGGUGGUACUGUCCAGCCUCAGGACUGACCCUGGAUGACUGGAAGGAGAGUGUUUAGUUUCUGUCACCAUUACAUGUCUUUCUCUAUGUUGAUUGUCUGUUAUAAUAAAGUUUAAUCAUUUUAU